AUGCUGGCUUUAACUUACUGUAUGCAGCAAAUAAGAAUCAUUGAUUUUGUAGAAAAAGUAAUGGCAGCUUUGAAUAAAUUUGUUCCUCCAAACAUUGCUGGCAUGAGCAAUGUUCAAAAUCUUAGUGUGCUACAGAACCAGCAAGUUACACUGGAGUGUAAAUCAGAUGCAGUACCCCCUCCUGUCCUUACGUGGCUCAAAGAUGGAGAAAUUUUGGAGGUACAUUCUCUGCGUCAUUUAAUUGUUAAAGCACAGGUAUCUGAUGCUGGCAUGUACACAUGUGUUGCCUCCAACAGAGCUGGUAUCGACAAUAAACAUUACAGUCUUCAAGUUUAUGUACCCCCAAGCAUAGAAAAUGGCGGAGAAACAGAAGUAACUGUACUAAAAGGGAAUCCCAUAUCUUUGGUGUGUUUGGCUAAUGGAAUACCAACACCAACUAUAUCAUGGCUGAAAGAUGGUCAGACUUUUAGCGUUAACCUUCGUGCGACUUUUGAAAACCAAAAAGGGGGUCUUCACAUUUCAAACUCAGAGAUUAAUGAUUCAGGUAGAUAUACCUGUAUAGCAUCUAAUGAAGCUGGGGAAGACAACCAACAUUUUACUCUGAAAGUGCUAGAACCUCCUCAUAUUAAUAAAUCAGAUAACCCCGAAGAAAUUUCUACAGUGAUUAACAAUCCUCUUGAGCUUCUCUGUAUCUCUGAUGGGAUUCCAAUCCCCAAACUAACAUGGAUGAAGGAUGGACGCCCAUUGCCUCAAACAGACACUAUUCGGGUCCUAAGGGGAGGGCAGAUCUUCAGAAUAUCUAGUGCUCAGGUAGAAGAUACUGGAAGAUAUACGUGCUUGGCUUCCAGCCCUGCAGGAGAUGAUGACAAAGAAUAUUUAGUGAGAGUACAUGCAUACUGCCCACCUCUAUCUAUUCUUGGGCUCAAGAAAAUACAACUAUUUACCACUUUCACUUCUACAGCAUCAACUGUAAGUUCACUCACUGUGUAG